AUGGACUGUGCUUGCUUUAAGCACUUCCUGUCCCGUUCCGUCCCUUGCAACCCAACCACGGUUUGUCCUCCCAGUCCACAUAAACCAGUUUACUCUCAGGACACCGCUGGUCAGGAGCGCUUCAGGACAAUCACAACAGCUUAUUACAGAGGAGCCAUGGGCAUCAUGCUCGUCUAUGACAUCACCAACGAGAAGUCUUUUGAUAACAUCAAGAACUGGAUAAGAAACAUAGAGGAGCAUGCUUCUUCUGAUGUUGAGAAGAUGAUCCUGGGGAACAAAUGUGACAUAAACGACAAGCGUCAGGUUUCCAAAGACCGAGGGGAGAAGCUUGCACUAGAGUAUGGGAUCAAAUUUGUGGAAACGAGUGCAAAGGCCAACAUCAAUGUGGAAAACGCAUUUCUGACGCUGGCCAGAGACAUCAAAACAAAAAUGGACACAAAAUUGGAGGGGAACGCACCACAGGGCAGCAGUCAUGGAGUUAAGAUCUCAGAGCCUCAGAAGAAAACCAGCUUCUUUCGCUGUAACUUACUCUGAGCGCCGAGACCGUUGACACUGGCUGACAGCCGGCUGGACCGGAAUGGACUGUGCUUGCUUUAAGCACUUCCUGUCCCGUUCCGUCCCUUGCAACCCAACCACGGUUUGUCCUCCCAGUCCACAUAAACCAGUUUACUCUCAGUGAGUGAAGGUCUUUUGCUCUUUAUCUUCUCAAAGCUUCCAGCGAUGCAGUUCUUCCAGUCACCAGGAGAUCUGCUGUCUUCAUGACUUGGACCACUUCACCUGUGGACGAUACUGUCUUACAGUAUUGUCCAGAUAUUUCAUGUUUCACAGAAACAGGUUCAUACUCUUCUCUUUAACCUCUUUUUAAUUUUCUAUACAUCCACAGCACAACCAUAACCAAAAGAUCAUUCAGAACAAUUUUGGCCAAGAUCUAGGGAUUAAAAAUAAAAAUGUGAUUUUAAUAUUUAGAACUUCUUUAUUAGUGGCUUUGCCCUUCUUAUGUGACAAGUCCUGUCCAGAGACUGAUUGGUUUGAUCUUUAGUGAAACAGAGCUGCACAAAAUGUUCACUGCUUAAAAACAACAUGGGGCAACAUGUGACCAUAGAUUAGAGAUGGGUUUAUAGAUUUCUUAGAAGUAGACAAAUGGUUUAUUUUCCUCAGGUUAUUUUGACGCUCGUUUGGUCCAUGUUGUAUUUAUUUGUUUUAUUUAAUCUUUUAUUUUAGCCAGUAAGUGAUCCUAAAGGGUUAUAAAUAGGGUACAUACAUAGGGUAAUAAUUAGGGUAAAUACAGUAGAUUGCACAAUAUUUUGCUUUAUUCUGUAUUUAAUUGGACCUUUUUCAUGGGAGAAAUGGACGUCCUCAAAUUAGAGACGGAGGGAUUCAUCCCAGUUGGAACAGUUUUUUGUUUGUUUCUUUUGCUACCUUUAAAAUCUUUUUAUUUAUUUUGUUCUUAAGGUUUUGUGCAGCUCUGUCACAUUCAGGCUAAAUGACGUCUGUGGAUUUUUGAUCAGCAGUUUGUAUCACCCUCUGCUGCCUUAGCAGCUCUCCUUGCACUUUAUCAUUAUCUCGUGUUUGACUCGUCUUUGUCAUUUAAUAUGUUUACACCGCAGCAAACGAAAUUUCAAUGAAGCGUUGAAGGAUGUCAUGGCUGAAGAGGAAUUUGAAACAUAAUGGGAAUCGUUCUAAAGUCUAAAUGCACCUACAUAAAAAGAAAACUAAUUUACUCCUCUGCAGUUUUACUGCUAGUGAUCCACUCUCAUGGUAGUAAUUCACUGAAAAAAAAUCCCUGUCUUACUUCACUUAUAUAUAUUUGUACCAAAUAUUUUGUCAUUGCGACAUUGUCUUUAUAUGCUACUGCCCUGCCAAAUUAUAUAUUUAAAAUUAUGUUAUCUCGGCUCACAUAUAUAUACCAAGAUCUGACGUGGUUUCAUUAGUAUUAUUCCGUUUUUAUUCUAAAACAUUUUCUUGCAUUCCUGUUUAUUGUGACUUCUUAUGUGGACCACUAGGUGGCACCAGACGCACACUUUGUCACAGGUGACCAACCGCGCUUUAGUGUGAACCAGUAUUUUUAUUUUUUUUAAAAAACAGCUGCCACAUUGAACUAAACAUGAACACACCAAACAAGUCUUGAUUUUUUUUUUUUUUUUGUUCUUGCGUUUUAUUUUGUUGGGAACACACCCUCCUGCAUACACAGUGGACCUUGCUUUAAUUGCUUGCAGAUAUUUUAAUAUCUAUAACGUGGGCCAUCACGCCCACUGUGACCCUUUGUCUAAACCCCCAAUAAUCCUAUUGUCAUCAGUGAGCUAUGCAUUUAAAUCUUGGACCUUUGCAGAACUGUUUAAAGAUGUAGGCAUUAUUUUUGUUCAAAUUCACUGAGCCAAAAGAAAGGAACAGGAUUUGCUGCGUUUUCCUUUUAAAAAAAUUAGUCUCUGUCAUUGAUGUGAGUGGAAUUCACCUCCCACACAUGACUGAAGGUCAAGUAGGAACAAUCUGCUAGUUGUAAUGUGGAGAUAAUGUUAUGUCAUCAGAACGAAGCCUUAGCUUUAAGUUAUAGACACA